GAAUGUUAAAUAUUGUAAUUAAAUUCUCUCUAAUUAUACUUAAGCACUUGUUAUAUUUAACUACGUGUAAUGUAAAUUUUAUUGUUGUGUUCAACAAUGACUUCAACACAAUUAGACAUGUUGACACUAGGUGAUAUAAUUACUGCUACGAUAUGUACUACUACACAUCUCAUCAAGAAGAAGAAGGUGAUAAAAACACAACCUGUCUAACCUAGCAGUCAUCGUACACUCAGUUGACAUGUUGACAUUCUGUCACUGGGUGAUACGGUGUCUACUAUGUUAUGAAACAUUUCAUUAUCAGAUUUAUCAGUUUACGAAGAGCGCCCGCAAUUUGUUUGUCUCUUUUAGAAAUUGUAUAUUUCAUCUGUCAUUUUACAUUAAUAUAUCGUCAUGGCGAACGUCAUAUUACUGUAGUAUCUUAUUCUCAGCAGACAUGUAUACCAUUUUGUCACUGGGUUUUAAGAUUACUGCGGUGUUUGACAAUUUUGUCAGCACAUUUGUUGUGAACAUUAUCUGUACUAGUUUUAUAAUUUUUUCUAUAUUUAUUUUUAACGUGUCCUUAUCUCAUCUUCAGUAGACAUUUCUUGUCAUUUUGUCACUGGUAAUGAGAUUACUAUUGUAAAUGACAUCUCAUCACCACGAAAGUUCCACAUCUACACAGGAUUCAUAACAAAGAAUCAUGUCAAUGUUGUCAUUUUAUAAUAUUAUAAAUAGUGCGAAUAAAGAAGAUUUUUUAUUCACCUCAUCAAAUAAAAGGAAUUCUUUUUGUUCAGAAGCCAUUAAUGUUCUUUUAAUAAAAAAGAAAUAAAAUUCGAUUCAUCUCACGCAUGCUCGGUCAUUCGCCAUAUCCGUUUACUGAUAUAUAUUUCGGAAUACACCCUAUAUGCAGCUGCAGUUCUGGUGUUAGGAUUUUUUUAUAUUUUAAUCCAGCAGGACAAUGUCUACGGUCAGCUUGUUUAAUUUAAACAUACAUCUACUACAUGUAAUUUAUUAUAUAUAUUUUUUUAGGUUUUUAGUUUUUGGUUCAUUGUUCUAGUAUUUUUUUUUUGUGUUUUAAGCUAGUAUUACAUAGUAGUAUAUUUGUUAAUUAAAUAGGUGUAUAUUAUAUUUAUUUGUUAUGCAGUAAAAAACCUAAACAACAAAAUGUACAUUAUAUUUAAAUGAUCAUACAUUUGUAUUUUAAAUCAAUUUCUCACUAAUUAUACUUAAGCACUUGUUAUAUUUAACUACGUGUAAUGUAGAUUUUAUUAUUGUGUUCAACAAUGACUUCAACACAAUCUUGUCAUUUAACGGCAGUAUCUCAUCUUCAGUAGACAUGUGUGCUCUUUUGUCACUGGAUCUUGAGAUAACUGCUGUGAAUGACAAAAUGUCAUCAAUUCACAUAUGCUGCCAGUAUUCCUGCCUAACAGUAGUAGUCGUCAUACACUCAGUAGACAUGUUGACACUAGGUGAUAUAAUUACUGCUACGAUAUGUACUACUACACAUCUCAUCAAGAAGAAGAAGGUGAUAAAAACACAACCUGUCUAACCUAGCAGUCAUCGUACACUCAGUUGACAUGUUGACAUUCUGUCACUGGGUGAUACGGUGUCUACAUUGGAUUUUAGAGUAAUAUUGUAAUCGACAACAACUUACGACGAAAAAUUUCAUAAAAUUACUCCCAUGUGUAAUGUCUCACAAUAGUAGUGAUUCUCUUAUAACUUAACAUUUUAGACGAAUUGAAUUUUAUCAAUUAUAUUUAAUUUAUUUAUUAAAUCAAAAAUAUAAAUGCUAAUAUUUAAAUGUCAUAAGAGUUACUAACAAUUUAUUCGUACUUUUCAUUUUACUUCUCACAUACUUGUCAACCUUUCUACGUCAUUUUACUGUAGUGUCUUACUCUCAGUAGACAUGUCAUCAUUUUUUGUCACUGGGUUUAAGAUAACUUCAGUAUUUGACAGCUGUUCUCCGCCUUGAAAAUAUUUGAACAUCAAAAACGUUUACUGUAUGUUGAUUCUAAUUAAUUUGAUAUGUAAGUGCCUUUUUUAAUUGAUUUCAUGUUGUGCACAUUAUCUGUACUAGUUAUAUAUUUUUUUUUAUAUUUAUUUUUAACGUGUCCUCUUUACAACGGGCUUGUUAUUUUGCGGUAGUAUCUCAUCUUCAGUAGACAUUUUUUGUCAUUUUGUCACUGGUAAUGAGAUUACUAUUGUAAAUGACAUCUCAUCACCACGAAAGUUCCACAUCUACACAGGAUUCAGAACAAAGAAUCAUGUCAAUGUUGUCAUUUUAUCACUGGGUGAUAUGAGGUGUACUCUCAGUUAUGACACAUAUUAUCAACAACAUACUAUCAUAAACUUCAUAUGUACGAAUUUUUUUUUUUUUUUUAAAUGGUAGUAGUAUUCAUUGCAUUGUCAUUUCACGACAGUAUCUCAUAUUACCCAGGAGACAUGUUAUCAUUUUGUCACUGGGUGAAAUGAUAACUGUUACGGUUUAUGACAUAUAUCAUCAAAAUAAAGUUUAUAGAUAACAGAAUUUUCAACACAGUGACUUCGCGAAUAUUUAUAUGAAUAACAACCUCAAAGCACUGAGCUAUAUAUAGCACAUAGCGACAUCUCUUUCUAACUGCACUCAAGUAAAGAUCAACACUUUGUUGUCAUUCUGUAAUACGGGCCUUAGUUAUUAAAGCAUUUUUUGAAGUCGUUUAAAAAAAGGCCAAGGUGAUACUAUCACUUUCACACACAUACAAUUUCUAAGUAAAAAUACCAUUGUGACAAAUUCCUUUUAAAAUCCUUUUGUGUCCUUAUCGCUCUUACGUGUCAUUACUAUUGAUUUAAUAAGCGUAAUUAGGUAAAAAAGCCGAUAAUGAGCUAAGUCACAAACACUAAAUACAUUUCACCAUUAUAAAAAUGCAUUGUAAACUUUAAAAUAUAAUCAGUUGAUUUCUAGUAGCCGGGGGUGAAAGAUCAAAUAACUAUUUUUAUUUUUAAAUAUAUUGUGGUUUAAAUAUUAAAGUAAUAGUGAAAUUUCGCAGUGAAGUGUUAUAUAUAAGGCGCAUGUGAAAAAUGUAAGUCUUUCUUCUAUUUUAAAUUUUAAACCAGCUUCCGCCCGCGUCUUUGUCUGUGUUUUGGUAAGUGUUUUAUAAAUCCCAUAGGAGCGUAACUUUCUUAACAUACAAACUUUUACAAUUAUAAUAUUUGUAUCGUAUAUUCGGUGUAGACUACAGUUCUUGCUCUUAUGGCGUGACAGAAAAAAAACAGGGAUUCAUUUCUAAAUAUAGAGAAAAUAAGUUGAAUUUUAAUAAUAUUAUCAUGAAAUUAUGCCUUCAGGACCCAACAUAAUUUUGUAUCUUUA